GCGCACUGAUGGACAGAGUGCGCAGGCGUGGUUACAGCAGUCGGCCGUGUUUACAUUCGAAACGGUCGUAAACACCACCUAUCGAGGGCAGCUCACUGACUGAGCUUUAAAUAAUAAAUAAUAAAACUACACUGGGCUCCGGAGUGACGGAGUCGAUGCAUCGAUUCCCAACUUCAGCGAAGGAGAGAGAUGGACACGAGCGAGUUAUUCACCAGCUGCAGGAAGGGGGAACUCUCCAGAGUUCGCUAUCUGGUUGAACAGAGGGAUGUGGAAUUAAAUGUCAAAGAUAAAUGGGACAGUACCCCACUGUAUUACGCAUGUCUAUGUGGGCAUGAGGAACUUGUUCAGUAUUUACUUGCCAACGCUUCCAUUUACUACAUGGCGUCUCAGUGGUCAGCGGGAAAUAGAGGAACAGAUAUGUAA